AUGUACAUCAGCGUCUUUGCUUUCCGUUCAACUCCACGUACACCUUUCCUGGUUCCCAUCCAGCCGCCGUCGUGGGAUCACCUGGCCUUGGGGGACGACGAGCCCAUGGCCAGGAAGGAGCCGCUGCUCAGCGCCCUUAAAGGUGAGCGUGGGCCCCCCGGCACCUGUGCGAGCUUCUCCUGGCCGUGCUUGGAGGGGUGCUGCGGCUGCGGGAGGGCGGGGGCCCCUGCACGGGACACCUCGCCGCACUUCGUGUCCCUCUGCCAGCUGCUGGAGAGCGUCCUGCGCAAGGGUCUCCGACGCGGGAUUACUGGCACUGGCUGGAGCAGCUCCCCGCGGGGACCAGCGGCCGCGGGCGCGGACGGCGCAGGGCCGCGGGCGGUGCUUUCCCUGCAGGGGAAGGUGCUGGCGGUGGCCGUGAGGCAGCUGGCGCAGACCCCCCGACUCCUGGAGUUUUAUGAUCCAGGGAGCUCCAUCCUCGGCAGUGAAGAUCUCCGGGAGCCUUUCCUCUCGCUGCUGCUGGUGCUGACAGAGAUAGAUUUCUCCCUGGACCUGCAGAAUUACACCUUCUUGGACGAGAGCUGGCUGCUGCCGGAGGUUUUAUUUGAUGUGAAGGAGGCAGAAAUCCUUGUGCAGGAGAGGGUUUCUUCCAAGCUCCUGUGCCGCCACCCCUACCCCUCCAUCUCCUGGGUGGGACACUGCACAUGGAGCCCCAGGAUCUUCGCCUUCUGCGUGCUCUUUUCCCCCGAGAGCCCUGACGGGAGCAUGUUUGACUGCCUGGUGUUCGCAUCCAGUUCUGAGCAAGAAUGUGAGCAAAUCAUCGGGAGAAUCGGUAAGGGAAGGGUUUUUAAGGCUUCAACUACCAUCAGUCACACCAGGAAUACCAGGAAUUCUGUUCCGGUCUGGAACAGAAUCCUCCUUCAUGGAGGAUCUGACUUCAUUCCUUUUGUUGAGGUUACUAAGAUGAAGAGAUAUUUCUCUGGUGUGGGUUUUUUUUUUUUAAGGACCACUAGACAAUGAUUUUAUUUCAAGAAACAGCUUCUAGGCAUACCCAGAUGCUUCAUUGCUUCCAGUAAGGAUUGGGAGGAAAUACCAUUUUCAAGGGAUGUUAUUUUAAACAUACUUUUCUCGCAGGAGCUGAGGCUGCUACUGGAGCUCAGCACCAAACCAAGCAUUCACAAAAAAAAAAAUCCUAUGACCUGGAAUUUUUCAUUUUCAAUUGGCCUAAAUCCAAGUUGUGUGGUUUUUCCUGAAUUACAUGGGCUACUGAGGAGUCUCAGAUUUCCCAUGGGGAUAUUCCUGGCAGGCAGGGUCCCUGGACAGAUCUGCCCCAGUGAUGGACCUGAGAUCACUGAGCCUCACAUGGAGUUUAAGCUGGUGCUUAACUUUGUGUCUAAGUUGUGAACCUAAGUACUUUGUAUCAAAGGUAUCUUUUCGCCUACAGCUUUAGCAAGGAGAAUAGGAAAAUACUUGUUUAAAACCCAUCAUCUCAGAACAGGAUUUGGGCAGGACUCUGCUGCAAACCAGGGGCUGAGGUUUGCUCCGAGCAGUGUAGGACAGGGAGGUGAGGAGCAGGAGGAAGCAGCUGUGUGAGAAGGUGGGUGAGGAGUGCCUGUUCCUCCAGCUGCAGGAUUUAAGCACACAGAGUGGUUUGUCUGAGGGAGAAGAGCACAAUGAAGCACCACUGUCCCCGCAGCAGCUGAGGGAUGCAGGCCUGCCUCCCACAGGAAGUUGGGAUGGAUUUCAUGCUCUUCCUCACCAUGGUGGUGGGAGAUCACAGAGAGCCACUCUAGUUUACCCCAGCCUGGUGGGAACUGCUGCUACUCUUGCCCCCAAACAGCACAACUUCCACUGGAAUAAAUCAAGCUGGGCUGGCUCAACCACCGCCCUGUGCUGCUUUCUGUGACACCUCCAGCCUUACUCGUAGAGCCUGUUCUGGCAGGGCUGAGCAGCCUUGCCCUCCACUCAGGGUUAAUUACCGUGGCUCAGGUGCAGUCUGAGCACUUUCCUCCUCCACAACCCAGCAGGGCCUAGCAGCUGAGGAACCCAGACCUGCCUUAGCCCAGCCUGCAGCAAAGGUUUGAGUUCAAUCACCUUCCAUCCAGAACUCUGGAUGGGAAAUCCCCAUGGAGCACCCACCCCAUGUGCUCAGCAGCCCAUCUUGCUCCCAGGGUGCACAAUCAGCUGUUCCCCCUGCAGAUCAGGACUGGCACAGCCCACUGCCACAGGAACGCUCCCCACACUGCUCGGGAACAGCCAGGUGGUUUUGCUUCAGCCAGACCAGUCACAAGUCCAAAAUAAACUUUCCCUGCAGCCACUGGAAAGAACUCACAGCUAAGCUUCUGCCCUGAUCAAAGUCCCCCCAAAAAGCCACUGCAGCUUCAGCCACUCCUUCUGACCCCCUACACAGCUGUAGGGCUCCACUCUCAUGAGCCCCAGCAAGGACUCAAGCUGCACAAAAUCUCCAAAAUUCUCCAAGAGUUCUCCAUUCUGUUGCCAGCAGAGGUUAAGUUGCCAAAGCAGCAGCCCAGGAUUACAGGAAUCUGUAGGAGGCAGAAGCUUCUUCAAGCCCAUUCAAACCAAAUGACAAAGACUCCUCAGAUGUGAAUGUAAAACAUUUAAUUUAAAAAUGUUGACACUACAAUAUAUAAAAUAGCUAUUAUAAAUGCACAUAGUGUAUUCUAUAGCUGCCAGGUUUACGUUUUUAGGAAACUGUAAGUUACACUGUGGUUAAGACUUGUAAUUUCACCCUCUGAAGGAAGUCCACAUUUGAUCACAGUGAUGCAUGGUCAGACUAACAGCCCCAAUUGUUAAACACUUGGAUCAAGUCAUAACCAGUUUUAUUGCAAAAGGACCCUGUACACAUUUAUAUCAAUUCUAGUACCUUACAAGUUUAUCUACCCAACAAGUCAUUAACAUACAGAAACAUGCAUGAGAAGCAAGAAAGAACACCCAUCCCUUCUGCAUAUUAGCAACUUGUCACUCCCGAGCCCGAGGCUCAACAUCACUGAGGUUUAUGUGAACAGUCACUUUUAGCAUUCAUCCUGAGUGAAAGAUGGAAUGACUUAAGUACAAAUGCAACAUAUUAUAAACAAUUUCUUACAAAAAAAGUCACAAAUUAAAACCAAA